UCCCCACCAACAUCCAUGGGUCCCCCACCAACAUCCAUGGGGCAUCCAUCCCAGCAUCCAUCCACAUCCACAACAUCCAUGGGGCAUCCACCAACAUCCAUGGGGCAUCCACCAACAUCCAUGGGUCCCCCACCAACAUCCAUGGGUCCACCAACAUCCAUGGGCCCCCACCAUCAUCCAUCCAUGGGGCAUCCACCAACAUCCAUGGGACCCCCACCAUCAUCCAUGGGGCAUCCACCAACAUCCAUGGGACCCCCACCAUCAUCCAUGGGGCAUCCACCAACAUCCAUGGGGCAUCCACCAACAUCCAUGGGACCCCCACCAACAUCCAUGGGACCCCCACCAACAUCCAUGGGACCAUCAUCGAUGGCUGCACCAUUUCCUGGGAGCACUGCUGGACCAGCCCAACCAAGAUCACUGCCUCAAUACCCAAGCCAACAGCAACACCAUUUUCAAACACAGUUUAGACAAGGUGGUCCAUCAAAUGUUAAUCAGUUGUCACAGCAGUUAGGUGGGCUGUCUGUGACACAUGAUGGGUGGAAUAAAGGAUGGGGCACUCAGCAGAUGGACCUACUCCAGCUGCGCCAGGUGUUGCCUCCUGAAGGUGUUACACCACCAAAGCCAAAUCUUGCCCAAGAGUAUCUGCCAAACUGCUCGCCAGAUAUAUUCCGGAGUACUCUGACAAAAGUUCCUGAAACGAGGUCCACACUGCAGAAGGCCAAACUUCCAUUUGGCUUGCUCAUACAUCCAUUCAAGGACCUUGAGCACCUUCCAGUUGUGAGCUGCAACACAAUAGUGCGUUGUCGAUCUUGCCGAACCUACAUCAAUCCCUUUGUGGUGUUCAAAGGAGAAAGGCGAUGGGAGUGUAACCUGUGCUUCAGAGUCAAUGAGCUGCCUGAAGAAUUCCAAUAUGAUCCUGUUAGUAGAACUUACGGAGACCCGUCAAGAAGGCCUGAAGUUCGAGAAGCAACAAUAGAAUUUAUUGCCCCACAGGAAUACAUGUUACGGCCUCCUCAACCAGCAACAUAUCUCUGGGUGCUGGAUGUGUCACGACAAGCUGUUGACACGGGCUACCUUAAGGUUUUAUGUGAUGUAUUGUUGACGCAGCUAGAUAAAAUACCUGGAGACCGCCGGACUAUGGUUGGUUUCAUUACUUACAGCAAUAGUGUACAGUUCUACCUAAUGGGAGAAGACCAAAAACACGUUCAGAUGUUAGACGUUGGGGAGAUAGAGGAUAUGUUUGUGCCGAACCCUGAGGACCUGCUGGUCAACCUGGAGCAGAGCCGUGAGCUUGUGACGGAGUUACUCACAAUGCUCCCUGAUGCACAUGCCGGCACUUUCCAAACUCAGUCUGCUCUUGGAUCGGCUCUACAAGCUGCCUACAAAUUAAUGAGUGCUAUCGGUGGACGCAUCACGGUAAUGACGACCACACUACCAUCUGUGGGUCCUGGUGCACUCAAGGCUCGUGAAGAUCCUAACCAACGAGCCGGGAAGGACAUCCAGAACAUGGGACCUGCGACUGAUUUCUAUAAAAAGUUAUCUCUUGACUGUUCAGGCCAGCAGAUUGCAGUGGAUUUGUUUGCACUGAACUCACAGUAUGUGGAUAUGGCCACACUUACGGGAGUGAGUAAGUUCUCGGGAGGUUGCAUCCAUCAUUUCCCAAAUUUCCAUGUAACCAGGAAUCCAGCUGCCAUAGGUCCAUUUGUCUCUUGCCUAACACGAUAUAUUACCAGGAAGAUUGGCUUUGAGGCUGUCAUGAGGAUUAGAGCAACCAGGGGUUUGGCUAUUACAAAUUUCCAUGGGAACUUCUUUGUUCGGUCCACUGACCUACUGUCUCUGCCAAACAUCAACCCUGAUGCUGGCUUUGGAAUGCAGGUGAACAUUGAGGAGCCACUUCAUAACAUACGUACUGCCUGCUUCCAAGCUGCUCUUCUCUAUACAUCUAGCAAAGGUGAACGUCGAAUCAGAGUACAUACAUUAUGUCUGCCUGUUUCUCCAAACAUGCAUGAAAUUGUAACGGCAGCUGACCAACAAGCGGUAGUUGCGUUGUUAGCCAAGAUGGCUGUCGAUCGGUGUGUUACAUCAUCAUUGUCUGAUGCUCGUGAUGCCCUAAUUAAUGCCUGUGUGGACGCACUUACGGCCUUCAAGGUGGGACUGUCCAACCCGGCACAUGGAGCCUUAGAAGCAUCACCUACGUUAAAGCUUCUUCCUCUCUUCACAUUAGCCCUUGUUAAAUCAAUUGCAUUCAGAGGGGGAUUGAGCACAAAAUUGGACGACCGUCUAUUCUCUAUGUGUGAAUUGAAAACUAUGCCGCUAAGACAUCUCAUGACCUAUAUAUAUCCAGACCUGUAUCCCAUCCACAUGUUGUCAGAGAAAGGGGCUCUUAAUGUGGAUGAUCAGGUUAUUCCUCAACCUGGGCGCCUUCACUUGUCUGCUGAGCGUUUGGAACGGUGUGGCGCGUACCUAAUGGAUGCGGGUGCCACAAUAUAUAUAUAUGUGCGCUCUGGAAUUUCAUCAAGUUGGGUUGAGGGAACUUUAGGAGUACCAAGCUAUGCAGUCAUUCCUCAGCCGCUAUAUGAAGAUGCUCUACCUGCCCUGGACACCAUUGAAUCGCAGUUUCUUCGCAACUUUGUUGCACAUCUACAAAGAAAUAAGCCUUAUCAUGCUCCUGUUCUAGUUUUAAAGGAGGAUAACCCAGCUCGUAUGUUAUUUAUUCAGCAUCUUGCGGAUGACAGAACAGAAGGCUCACACUCCUAUGUUGAAUUCCUCCAAUAUCUCAAAACUCAAGUUAAGUAGGAAUUUUCAAUAUAAUUAGGGAUAAAAGAAGGCAGUCUUUGAUAAAUCUGAAUCUGCAUCCAGAUUUUGACAAAUAAUAGGACGCGUAAAAUUAUCACGCACAGUAUCUAGAAAGCUUAUGGGUGGUAAUAAUGGAAUAAAAAUUUGCAAUUGAAAAAGGUGCAUUUAUCUAAUUUCCAGGUAAUGUUGAAGAACCUGUUGUGCCAUUCUCUGGAAAAUUAUUAUUUGUCAUUGCUACAGAAAAUUACUAGUUUUGAGGUGGCCAGGAGAGUUCAUCCUUGUUGUAUCAGCCAUCUUUGGAUAACAUAACUUCAGUCUUAAGGAGAAAGUUUUUUUAUGUAAUUGUUAGGAGUCAAACAUUAUGUUUUGUGGUGGAGAAAAAUGUAGUUGGAUUCCCAUGUGUCUACCAUUUUUGUAUACUGUAUUAAAAUUUUCCAGUCCUAAAGACAGUUUUUGUGUGAUCAUCUGUAGGAGUCAGAUUUUGAAUGAAUCUUUUUUAAAGGAUAUCAGGGAUGUGUAUGAUAGGUUAUCCUGUAUACAAGCAAAAAAUAUCCAUAUGGUCAUUCUUUAAUAUCCAGACUAGGUUUUGUAUGUGGGUUUUGCUGGUAUUUUGCAUAUUUUAUAUUUGAUAGGAUGAACGAACUUUUAAAAAGUAUGUUGUGCAGAGAAGUCCUAUUGCAGAUAUGUUUAGUAGCCUGGAGUGAAGUCACUACUAUUAAGUAAACUAUCUUAGGAACCAUCACACUAAAGUUUAGCAUUUAAGCUGAAUUGGGACAGUUUUCCUUACAUCACCUUAGUAUAUCAAAUGACACUUUUUUUUUUAAUUCUUUUUAAAGGAGCUGUACAUAAGAGUUUAAUUAUGAAAGAUACAGUAUAUAUAUAUUUUUUUUUCUUUUUUAGUAUUUGUAACUAGUCGGGAAAUAAUAAUAUUGGUUAUGUGUUUCUCGUUUGAUAUUUGGAUGGUGUUCAGUGUCGUCAAAAAUCAGAAAAGGUUUGCAGUUGGUUUCUGAAGCAAAACUUGAAUGUUGUUAAAAAAAUAUAUAUAUAUAUAAAUUUGCAUGCUAGUUAGGAACUAUUGAACACUUUAUCAUGACAUUCAUAGACCCUUUGAGAAAACUAAAACCAUUUAAAAAUCUUCGCCACAGUAAAAGUUUUACUCAUAGCACCAGUAUUGAGAUCAGUUGCAUAAGAUGUGGAGUUGUGAUAUGAAUUAUAUAAACUUCAUUUUCAGGUACCUAAUAACCUGUUACAGUAUACCUGAAGUGUAUUUAUUGGGGUGUGUACCUAUUUUAAUGAUACUCGUAUAUAGAGUAUUAUAUAUUCCUAAUUUUGCUACUGAGAAAUAAAUAUUUUAUAGAAAAUAUUCCAUCUUUCGGUUUCCAUGUACAGUUGACAUACAGUAAAUCAUUUAGUCAAAGUUAUGCGAGACUAAAAUUAAUGGUUAUUAAUACCAGUAUGUAAAAUUUGAUUUGUUGACAGUGAUUUCAAGUUUGUGUAACUCAUAAAAAUUAUUUCCUAUUUCCUAUGCUCAAUUCCUUUAUGUAUACAUAUAUUCAGUAACCUUUCCUUGGUAGUUUUGAGUUUAUUUAUGUAACUAUAUAUAUAUAUAUAUAUAUAUAUAUAUAUAUAGUAUAUAUAUAUAUAUAUAUAGUAUAUAUAUAUAUAUAUAUAUUAUAUAUAUAUAUAUAUAUAUAUAUAUAUAUAUAUAUAUAUAUAUAUAUAUAUAUAUAUAUAUAUAUAUAUAUAUAUAUAUAUAUAUAUAUAUAUAUAUAUAUAUAUAUAUGCCAAAGCAACUUGUAUCAAGCACAGGCAUAUUGGCUGGAUGCUGUUAUUCAUGGACUUCUUAUAAGAACUUGCAUGGGUGGAGGAGAGGUAUAAUACAUUUACCACCUCUUCAAAGCUGCUUCAAUUUUUUGCUUGUAAAAAUUUAAUUUAAAGAAUUCAGCUGCCUUUUAAUGUCACGAGUUUUUCAUUUGUUUUAAAUAUCCAAGAGAGCUGUAUUGUAGAGCUUCCUCAGGCAUGAUGAACUUAUUUGAAUGUCUAAAGGAGUGGUAUGUGUACAUGACGACAUUUAUGCACCUUUUCACAAGUUGGCUGUUAGUUGAGACUUCAUUUUGUGCAUGGUAACUGCAACAGUACAUAAUUGAUUAUGGGCAUAGUCAAAAUGAUAAAAAAUCACUAGUGAAUAAAUGUCUGGUGUGUAUGGGUGUAAAAUAUUGUUGUACAUAAACCCAGUUCUUUUAGUUUUCAUAUCAUAUAAAAAUGUUGACUCGUUCUUGGAAAUAUUAAUGCUAUCAAGGACACAGGUUUACAAUAACUUUGUUGGUGUGAUAUGCCAUGUUAUACAAACAGGUUAAAUAAGCUAACCACAUGCAACACUUAACAAGUUGAGGUCCUAUUCAGCUAUUGCCCGUUGUACAUUUUCAAAUUUGUGAUUAAGGCAAUGACUGCACAAUAAAAGGUUAUAUAUAUAUA